UAUUCAGAUGCUGUAUUUUCGUGGGAAACCAAGACAAAAUGGCGAAGUGGGAUGAUCAGCUCAGCUCAGAGGUUCAUCUCUGUGGGAUGAAUGCAAAGCAAAUGCAAAUCAUACGAGUAAAACCUGCGCCGAUUCAUGCAUGCGCCUUAGCCAGGUUGGUCUGCAACUCUGCAUCUCUGACUUUGUGAUCCGAGUGAGAGGCAAAGUGGCCUUUCAUGGCACCACAAGGCCAUAUUUUAGCAGCCAAGGCAGGCAGGCACUCAAGCAGCCAUCUCUUCUCAGCCGGCUCACUGGACCAUCCCAGCAGCCAAGUCUCUCUCCUUCUCUAUAUUCUCUCCCUGUAGACGACACUUGAUUAAUAUAAUCAAAACUUAAUCGAAUAUUCUAUUCGAAGCUCCAUCGAGGGUUAGCCAAGUUUACGGGCGAUUGAUUGCUGAUUGUUUAAUUAGCACCGGGCCAACCCCGGGGGGAGGACGUCGCCGUCCCUUCCGUCGCCUCAAGGGCUCAGUCGCUCCUCCGAUCCCCAUCCUAUAAACCCGCCGCCUCCUCCUUCCCCCAGAUCAAAACCCCUCUUCCUCCUCCGUCCAGCCACCCAUCGGACCAUGGCGACCGCUGCCGCUGCUGCGUCCCAGGUGGCCGUCUCGGCGCCCGUCGUCUCGAGUCGCGGCGCGAGGAGCUCUCGGAUCCAGGGUGGCAGCAACCUUAGCUUUACCAACAGAUCAUGGAUUGGCACCACAUUGGCGAGCGAAAGCAAGGUCGCUGCACAACGGAGGCAUGUGAGCAAGGUGCUCUGCUCAGUUCAACAAGCGAGCAAAAGCAAAGUUGCUGUCACGCCUCUUCAUUUGGAGAGCGCCAAGGAGCCGCCACUCAACACAUACAAGCCCAAGGGGCCUUACACGGCAACCAUCGUCUCAGUUGAGAGGGCGGUAGGACCUAACGCUCCAGGGGAGACUUGCCAUGUCGUCAUUGAUCAUGGUGGCAAUGUACCUUACUGGGAGGGGCAAAGUUACGGCAUUAUUCCUCCUGGAGAGAACCCAAAGAAGCCUGGAAACCCACAGAAUGUUCGACUUUACUCAAUUGCAUCAACUAGGUAUGGAGAUUCAUUUGAUGGAAAGACCGCCAGUUUAUGUGUUCGCCGUGCAGUUUAUUAUGAUCCUCAAACUGGCAAGGAGGACCCCUCGAAGAACGGUGUCUGCAGUAAUUUCUUGUGCAACUCAAAGCCUGGCGACAAGAUUCAGCUGACAGGCCCCUCUGGCAAAAUAAUGCUCCUACCCGAGGAUGAUCCAAAUGCAACGCAUAUCAUGAUUGCCACGGGCACCGGUGUUGCUCCGUACCGUGGGUAUCUACGUCGCAUGUUCAUGGAAGAUGUCCCAAAUUACAGAUUUGGUGGCCUGGCUUGGCUCUUCCUUGGUGUGGCUAAUUCUGACAGCCUUCUGUAUGACGAAGAAUUCACAAGCUACCUUAAGCAGUAUCCAGACAAUUUCAGGUUUGACAAAGCACUAAGUAGGGAGCAGAAGAACAAGAAUGGUGGCAAGAUGUACGUUCAGGACAAGAUCGAAGAGUACAGCGAUGAAAUUUUCAAGCUUUUGGAUGGCGGUGCACACAUCUACUUCUGCGGUUUGAAAGGAAUGAUGCCAGGGAUUCAGGAAACACUCAAGAAAGUGGCAGAGCAGAGGGGAGAGAGCUGGGAUCAGAAGCUAUCGCAGCUCAAGAAGAACAAGCAAUGGCACGUUGAGGUUUACUAGGGUUUGAAUGCUCGGGUUUUGUGUAUGAUUGCUCUGCCGUGAGGCCAUGCCAAGAGAAGGCAGAAAAAACACAUAUUGAAUGAUUCUUGUGAUGGUGUAAAAUUACCAAAGAUUAUUUUGGGGGAACGAUCAUAAAAUCAUUCAUGUAAUUCAUAAGCUUCUGCACCAUACAGUGGGUGAAAUGAAGCAUGUUACUUCAGUUCUUACAAUUUCUUCAGGUGUUACCAUCUGAAGCAGGAUUUGUGAGCA